AUGGAGAUCUCAGCCAAAUUGCAGCCACUGAAAUUCCUACCAGAGAAUUCGUACUAUAGUGAAAAUCAAGCUCGCUUCAGUUUGGAGGAAGCGAUAGAAGUUCUACUUUGGGUCGAAAAUAAUCAAGCUCGCUUCAGUUUGGAAGAAGCGAUAGAAGUUCUACUUUGGGUCGAAAAUGUCACUGGUCUACCGUACGCAUGCGAUCCAACCACAUGUCGGUCAGCAGCCGACGUUGCGGAACUACUAAAAGAUGGUGUUCACCUGUGCAAAUUGAUCAAUAGACUUCUUGAUAAUGGCAGCCGAGCACCCUAUAAUCCAAAACCGAAAAUGCCCUUCCAAAAGAUGGAGAACAUCUCAAACUUUCUGGAAGCUUGCAAAGCCUACGGAGUUGCAGAGAUCAGCUGUUUUCAGACUUGCUAUAAAGUAAUAGAAUGCCUUCGUUCUCUUGCCGCUGUGGUAACCCUUUUCACUUCUUUUCAAUGCUCUUUAACAGACAAAAAA